UUUUUCCUCAUAUCCAACCUGCACUGAUGCGACUUAAAGCCAUUCCCUCUCAUCCUAUUACUUGUUAUCUGGAAGAAAAGGCUGACCCCCACCUGGCCACAACCUUCCUUCAGGGAGUUGUAGAGAGUGAUGAGGUCUCUCCUGACCCUCCUCCAGACGCAACAAUCCCAGCUCUCUCAGCCACUCCUUGUGCUCCAGACACCUCUCACCAGCUUUAUUGCCCUUCUCUAGACACACUCCAGAGCCUCAGUGUCUUUCUUGUUGUGAGGGGCCCAAAAUCAUGCACAACACACUAGUUGCGGCCUCACAAGUGCUGAGUGAAGAAAUGGAGUAUCCCACUGGGUUGACUGGUAGGUCUUUUCUCCCUGGAUCCCUGUGCUAAUCCAUAGCAUUUGAAAAAGAGUUACAAAACAUCUAUGGCAAUGUAGAAACUCAGCGUGCACGCGUCACUCCUCCCAGUCUAAUGUCUAGAUGCCUUCCAUUAGGGAUACGCUCUUGGCACCUCUCUAUCGAGCCGCAGUUGUUCCACUCGCGGACCCCGUUCCCUCUGCACCUCCCAAACGCGGAGUGCCCCCGCUCCGUGCCGGCAGCCCCUCUCCGCACCGCCGCCCGCAGCCCGGCUGUGUGCCGCGCCGCCCGAGCAAAUCGCAUUGUCAGAUGCGCCCUGAUGUCAGCGCGCUAAGCCCGAGCCCCAAUCUGCUCCCGGGGAUGCUGAUCGGCUUACGGACCAGGAGUUUGCCCGCCGCCCUGCCCGCACCCCAGACCGGCCUCUCCUCGCCGUACCAGCGAGCGGGCUGCCGGCAGCGGCAUGUCCCGGCCCGGGGGCGGCCGGGGGGCAGGCGGCGGGACGUCCCCGCUCGGCCGUCGGGACGCCUAGGGAGAGGCGGCGGCAGGCGGCAUGGUGCUGCUGUCGGGGGCCGGGGAGCAGCUGGCCGGGGAGCGGGUCUGCCCCGCGCCGGGGGCCGGCAAGGAACUGCCCGAGGCGGAGAGCGGCUCUGAACAGGGGGCGGACGGGGCUGCCGCCGAGGGGCACGGCGAUGAGGAGCAGGAGGAGGAGGAGGACUGCGAGGAGUACGAAGACUUCUCCGAGCUGCCCGACACCUGCAGCAUCGCCUCGGACGACUCCUUCUACCCGCCGGGGGGGCUGGAGGACGAGACGGAGGACAGCUGGUCCCUGGAGCAGGAGGACCGCGACAGCCCCGAGGCGCUGAGCCUCUUCCGAGCGUGCUGCACCAACAACGCCGUGGUGCUGCGGGCGCUCAUCCGGCAGGGCCCCGAGGAGGAGGAGGUGCGGGAGACCGACCGCAACCGCAGGAAUGGUCUCAUCGUUGCCUGUUACCAAGGAUAUGUGGAUAUUGUCAUAGCCUUAUCACAAUGCCCUCAUCUUGAUGUGAACUGGCAGGACAACGAAGGGAACACAGCCCUGAUCACAGCUGCACAGGCAGGGCACAUAACCAUUACAAACUAUCUGUUGAACUAUUUCCCUGGGCUUGACAUUGAGAAGAGGAAUGUGUUUGGAUUUACAGCACUGAUGAAAUCUGCAAUGCAGGGACGAACGGAAUGCGUGAAAGCUUUGAUGAUGGCAGGGGCAAAUGUUCACACAACAGACCCAAGCCGUGGACUGACUUCAUGGGAAUGGGCUUGUUAUACAGGAAGGUCAGAAUCUGCUUUCAUCAUGCAAAGGCUGAUGGAUAAACCAUGCCCUGAACAGUUUUGUGAUCAAUAUAAACCAGAAUGGCCAAAGAUGAAGGAACUCCUUGCCAAGGCUGCAGAACCAAAAACCUGUUUGCAGAGGAUUUCUGAGUGUAUGAGGUCAGUUGUCUCAUUCCGGGCUUUCCAUGGCCCAGAAGAGGAUGGGGUCCUUGAUCACAUGGUGAAGGUGACAACAAGCUUAGGCAGUCCUUUCGUUGCUCUGUCAUGUAGGACUGUGUGUCCAGGAAGCCCACCUUCUGUGGGAAAACGCAGACUGGCUGUGCAAGAAAUCCUUAGGAAGCAGAGAGCUGAGGAGAUCCGAUCUCAGGACAAAGACCACGUUAGCAGCUAUGAGAAGUUAUUUCAGAACUCCAAAAUCACAGUAAUCCCCAAAAAGAAGGACCGUCGAGCAAGUCUGCAGCCCGUCAGCCUUGCAGUGUCUCAAGUGAGCACCAUAGCCACCAGGAAAACAAGCCUCUUGCCACUCCACCUGCUCAGAAGAAGUAGCGUGAGGCCAGGAUUUGUCAUCCCCAAAGUCCGUGUCAGCAAAGCCCCUCCACCCACCUUUCAACCGGAAAAGGCAAGAAGGAGGAGCAGCGCUAAAGAUGACCCCUACUUGCAGAUUCCUAAGUGGAGAUACAAGGAGCUAAAAGAGGAGCGGAAGAAGGCAGAGGAGCAGGAGAAGAAAAGAGUAGCAGAGGCUCAAAGACAGAGGCAGGUGUCUCCUGCCAGAAGCAGAACCUGACUUACUGGCAGUUACUUGGAAGGUUUUAGAGCCAUUAGUCUUGUUAUCUGAGCAAGAUAACAGACUGCGUGCCGUCAUGCAUGCCUGCUGUUGAUGGAGCUGGAAUACUGUAUAGAGGCCUUUGUGGUGCAGAAACAUGGCAAGGGCUAUACCACAAUGCGUCUGAUUAUGGAAGGUGAAGUUAUUUUUGGGUGGAAGACAAAAAAAAGUUUACCUGUAUGCCGUUGAUAGGAAGUUCAAAUGUUUUUUUUCUUAUUUCCAGUUCCAGCUGAAUGACUGCAAAACUGCUUGAAAAACAGUGUGUGUGAAAGGAUCAUAUUUUGUGUUUGUUCAUUUUGUAAUGGGCACAAUUAAGGAGUUGUAUUUUUGACACUAGAUAUUAUUUCCUCUCCUUGUAUAGGUAGGCAUAUUACAAAGUUUUAUAGAAAUAAUGAAAAGUGUAAAAUAUAUCACAGUCUCAAUGGGCAGUGAAAAUCUAAGUCUACUCUUUUUUUUUAAUGUAUGAAGCACUUUAUGGCAUAUUAAUUCUAAUAAUCAAAGAUUAGUGCAAGGUAGAUAUUGAACUGUAUAUCUCUAUAUGGUCUGUGUGGAUACAUUUCCUAAUGUUUUUGUUCUGUGUUGAAUAUAAAGAGGGCUGCAUAUGAAAUAUUUCUGUAGCUGAGGUACUCACAUCAUCUACAGAUAUAAAUCAGGGAUAAUGACUGGUUUCUUUGGAGCAACAGAGAAGUUGAACUAAUUUUUGUAUGACACAGUCACCUCUAACAUUUGCCUCCUCCGUUAUGUUUCCCUGUAUCCUCUAUCUGUUGUCUCUUCUUUAGUCUCAGGGAUUUUUUUGUCUUGGCAUUUAACUGUGAAAUAAUGGAGAUGGUGAACCUCAGGUGGGUUUAGAUUUGUCUUUUUCCUUUGAUAUUUAAAUUUCCUGCUAAUAAAUAAAUAAAAAAGCACCAGUUUAUUAUCAGUGUCUACUCCGCAACUUUUCCAGGUUAUAACCAAGACAGAUUAAUUAUGCACUGCAUGGGAAUUGUUGAAUCACGGCCUGUUGAAUCACUGAUUGAUCACCU